AUGUACAUUUACCUCAGUAUUUUAAAUCUGUUGAUAGUUUGGGUAAUGAUGGCUCAGCUCCAGCAAGGAGGUCCAGAUGAAAAAGAGAAGACUACUGCAUUAAAGGAUUUGUUGUCUAGGAUAGACUUGGAUGAACUAAUGAAAAAAGAUGAGCCACCGCUUGAAUUUCCUGAUACUCUGGAAGGAUUUGAGUACAUUUUUAAUGAAAAAGGACAGUUGAGACACAUAAAAACUGGGGAGCCGUUUGUUUUUAAUUACCGUGAAGAUUUGCAUAGAUGGAACCAAAAGCGUUACGAAGCUCUUGGAGAGAUCAUUACUAAAUAUGUUUAUGAGCUUCUGGAAAAGGAUUGCCAUUUGAAGAAAGUAACUCUCCCAGUGGACGCGACUGAGAGCGAACCAAAGAGCUUUAUCUUCAUGAGUGAAGAUGCUCUAACAAAUCCUGACAAGCUUUUGGUGCUCAUUCAUGGUAAUGGUGUUGUCAGAGCUGGUCAGUGGGCUCGGAGACUUAUCAUUAAUGAAGAUCUGGACAGUGGCACACAGAUACCAUAUAUAAAGAGGGCGAUUGAGGAAGGCUAUGGAGUAAUAGUACUGAAUCCCAAUGAGAACUAUAUUGAAGUGGAGAAGACAAAAGCCCAAGUGCAGCCGUCCUCUGAUAGCUCAGAUGAACCUGCAGAAAAGAGGGAAAGAAAAGAUAAAAUCCAGAAGGAAACAAAGAAGCGACGCGACUUCUACGAGAAGUACCGAAACCCACAAAAAGAGAAAGAAACUAUGCAGAUGUACAUCAGAGAUAAUGGAUCUCCUGAAGAACAUGCAAUUUAUGUUUGGGACCAUUUCAUUUCCCAGUCAGCUGCAGAGAAUGUGUUUUUUGUGGCUCACAGUUAUGGUGGACUUGCCUUUGUAGAGUUGAUGAUUCAACGAGAGGCAGAAGUGAAGAAUAAGGUAACUGCUGUGGCGUUGACAGACUCUGUUCACAAUGUGUGGCAUCAAGAAGCUGGGAAAACUAUUCGAGAGUGGAUGCGAGAGAACUGCUGUAACUGGGUGUCCAGCUCUGAGCCCCUGGACACUUCCGUGGAGUCCAUGCUGCCAGACUGUCCUCGUGUCUCUGCAGGUACAGAGCGCCAUGAACUAACCUCCUGGAAGAGUUUUCCAUCUAUCUUCAAGUUCUUCAGUGAUGCAAUGGAGGCAAAGACCAGCUCAGUGAAACCAAUCCCAACACGCCGCUCCAACAGGAUAAAAUACGAAGAACUGUGA